AACAAAACCCACAACGUCGACAAAACGUUCUGCACACAAAAGGCAGAGGAAGCCAGCCUUCGCACAAAAGUUGGACUUGUGGACAAGCUGAAGGACGGUAGAAGCUAACCGGCUGUAGGGUGCCUUUAUGGAAUAAAGGAAUCUUCGGUUCAUGGAGGAGGACAGGAGCUACGGUGUACGUUAACAAGGAUACAAAAACGCUACAGCCCAACGGUGCCAGGACAAAGCACGGUCAGAGGAAAUGGACACGCUAAGAAGCAAAGGCAACAAGGGGGCCUAUUGGACGUUGCCACGACGACAACGCCGUUCAGGAAGAGAUUCUCAAAGAGCUGCUUGAGGAUCAUGGCGUCAGCGAUGUCUGUGACCUGGGAUAACAUCGGCACAAACAGGGCGCCCUCCCGAAUCAGCCCGCUGUAGUGGUCCAGGGGGCCGCUGAAGCCGCUCGUGUCCACCUCCGCCGCAGCAUGUUGAGCUCCCACGGCGUAGCCUUCACGUGGACAGCAACACCACAACGAGCUCCAAAUGAGUGUACCUGCAGCGUCGGCGCAGAAAGCAGACGACAACAUCGGUGAGAUGCAAUCAGCUGCAGUGGCGCCCUCCUCCUUCAUGCCAAGCCAGUCGGGGAAGAUUCCCGGCAGGAAGAGAGGGAGACCCCCGCUCCGCAACGUCGCCAAGAUGGAUUUUCCCAGCCGGUAUCCCAACUCGCUCCCUCCGCUCAAGGUGCCCAAGAAAAGGGGGAGAAAGCCGGGCUUCAAGCUGAAACCCAGGAUGGUGAUGACGCCGCUGGCCAUCUCCCCGCCCAGCAGCACCCCCGAGCCCGACAUGAGCUCCAUUCCUCAGGACGCCGCCACCGUCCCCCACUCGGCCACGCCCCAGGUGCUCACAGUGUGCAUCUACAUCAACAAGCAGGCCAACGCGGGCCCCAACCUGGACAGGAAGAAGAUCCAGCAGCUGCCCGAUCACUUUGGACCCGACAGGCCUUCGGUGGUGUUGCAGCAGGCCGUGCAGGGCUGCAUCGACAGCGCCUUCCAGCAGAAGACCGUCUUUGCGCUCCUCACUCAAGGCUACGGCGGCGAGAAAAUUUCAGCCACGUUCGAUGGCAAGCAGCACCUUCUCAGCCUUCCUGUGGUCAACAGCAUUGACUACGUGCUGCGCUUCCUCAAGAAGCUGUGCCGCAGCUUGCACUGCGAAAACCUCUUCAGCGACCAGCCCAUCAGCCAACGAACCUCCUACCAGUCCGACGCUGAAACAUCUCUGGCGGAUGAUUACCACCACGAGCAGUCAGACAGCAAACGCUACCAGGUGGACCCCGGGGAGUCUGCUUUCAGCUCCAUAAGCUCCUCCUACUCGCCAAAGUCCUCCUACGGCUUCCGCUCUUCGCAGCAGUUCCCCAACGGCUUGGCCACAGUCAAUGCGUGCAGGCAGUCGCCCGCUGGCCCCAACGCCUUCCCUGAGAGCAACAGGACAGGAGUUUACCCCGCAGAGUCCCAGGAGUCCAAGGCUCCCCCCAGCAAGGACCCGUCUUCGUGGACCGUGGAUGACGUGGUCUGGUUCAUCAAGGACGCUGACCCCCACGCCCUGGGCCCUCACGCCGACAUCUUCAGGAAACACGAGAUCGACGGGAAUGCGUUGCUGCUCCUGAAGAGCGACAUGAUGAUGAAGUACCUCGGCCUGAAGCUGGGCCCCGCCCUCAAGCUGUGCUUCCACAUCGACAAGCUCAAGCAGAGCAGGCUGUAGAAGCGGGAAGGUUGGAGUGUCUGAAGAACAAUCAUGGCGCUCGCUUGCCCGGACUGUCUGAAGGCCAAAAGGCACUACGGCAGUCAGCGUUCUCUCAGCUUCCGUCCAAUCCAGAAGAAAAGAAAACAUCUCCACAUGUUUACACCCGCCCCCAUCUUGUCCUCAUGAGCUACCGUCCUGCACACACAAUAGCAGCAGUGCUUCCCAUAGGCCUGCAGUCUAUGCGUGGCAGUGGUGGGCUGCGUCGUCGUCCGGCCGGCACGACUGGCCAUGACGUGUUUGCAGGAAGUCAGUGAAAAGCAAAACCAAUACUGUAUGUUCACAAGCUUUCUUUCUCUUGCUGCUUUUUCUUUUUAACGCCAUAAACAAGGCGGAGCCUCCUGUGAACGCUUAUGGAAAACAACUGCAUGCCAGCUUCGUCAUACCGAUGAAAAAGCCUUUUAUUAGAAGCAGCAACCUCUCGCUUUGCUCUCACCCAAACUUUUGAAAUUUGCUUCUCACGAUAUUAUUACUUUAUUCUCAAAAUAUUAUGACUUUAUUCUCAAAAUAUUAUGACUUUAUUCCUAAAAUAUUAUGACUUAUUCUCAAAAUAUUAUGACUUUAUUCCUAAAAUAUUAUGACUUUAUUCUCAAAAUCUUAUGACUUUAUUCUCAAAAUAUUAUGACUUUAUGUUCAAAAUAUUAUGACUUUAUGUUCAAAAUAUUAUGACUUUAUUCUCAAAAUAUUCUGACUUUAUUCUCAAAAUAUUAUGACUUUAUGUUCAAAAUAUUAUGACUUUAUUCCUAAAAUAUUAUGACUUUAUUCCUAAAAUGUUAUUACUUUAUUCUCAAAAUAUUAUGACUUUAUUCCUAAAAUAUUAUGACUUAUUCUCAAAAUAUUAUGACUUU